AUGUCAUCUCUAUUCAACUUUGUCACUGGACAGCGGUCCUCACCAAGACGCAUACCAACCGACACCAUCAUACCACUGCACAGUCGCGAUGACACCCACCAGAACCGCAACAUCUCAGUAGAAUUCACCAUGCGCAUCGACAACGUUCUAGAUGCGCACCAGAUUGCAGAUGCGCUCUGGAAACUGUUGGAAAAGCCCGGCUGGAAGAAACUAGGUGCCCGACUACGUAUGAACAAGCAGAAUGGCAAGCUCGAGUAUCAUGUCCCCGCCCAAUACACACAAGAUCGACAACCCAUCAACUUUACGCAAAAGACGCACAACAUGAGACUGGACGAACACCACAUUGGACGUCGUUUUCCAACUAUCCAGGAUGGUGACCAGAUACAAGUCUUUGACAUACUGUAUUCAUUGCGUGGGCUUACACAGACAAAGGAUAGUACAGUGUUUCUUGACGAUUGGCUUUACAGCGACAAAGCGCAGUUAGGAUUACAUAUAGUAAACUUUCAAGAUGCGACAUUGGUCACGCUUACGUGGUUGCAUACGCUGCUGGACGGCAUGGGACGACGGAUGCUGCUGAGCGCGUGGACAGCAGUGCUGGAGGGACGAGACGAAGAUGUCGCUGAAUUCUGGGGAUACGACUUUGAUCCUUUGGAGAAGCUUGGUGCGCCGUUAGAAGAGGACAAUGACGCAAGCAAGGAGAGUCCCAUACAAAAGACAUUCAACCAAAAAGAGCAGCGCAAUCGGAUGUGGAAGGUAAUCUCAGCCACGAAAAGCAGGCUGGGCAAAAUGCUGGACUUCAAUGGUCGUAUCCUCUACAUACCUGCCUCCUACAUAGCCCGCAUACGAAGAGAAGCAAUGCACGAUCUCGCCUCACUGGAUCCGUCGCAGAUGACUUACAAGAACUCGACUCCCUCCAGCCCCAAACCAUUCCUCUCCGACGGCGACAUCCAAGCCGCAUGGCUCGUCCGACAGCUCGUCGCCUCAGACGAUAAGCUCCUACAGUCUCGCGGCGCGCGGCCAAUCCAAAUCGCAAACGUCAUGGGAAUGCGCGACUUACUCUCGACAUGCACGAGCGUGUACAAAGUCCUGCUUCCAAAGAACAAGGCGUACAUAGGCAACUGUGCCACGGGCAUCAUCACGCGCUUCCGCCUAGACGAAUUCCUUGCGCUGCCGCUCGGCCACAUAGCUGCUCGCCUGCGGAAAGAUCUCGUGGCGCAGGGAACGAGAGAGGCGCUCGAGGGAAACCAGCGCGCGAUUCGCUCCAACCAGCAAGAUAAUACCACGACGUCUGCGCCUGACGCAUCCAUGGCGCCUGCUCCGUUUGUCUUUACAAACUGGGCCAAAGGUCGGUUCUUUGAGACGGAUUUCUCGGCUGCGAUUGUGCCUGGCAAGCAGGAGCAGGAGGAUGAUAAUGCGGGGUUGACGAGGGGCAAGCCCACGUAUAUCCAUGUGUAUGGGACCGAUGCGCGUGUGACUAGUCGCAAUCCAAUUUCUGUAUGCGUUGGCAACUGUAUAGGGAAGGAUGCGAGAGGCGGGUAUUGGCUUGGUGCCAUGUUUGCGAAAGGAGCUGAGGCGAGGUUCGAAGAGGUUGUUCUGGGACGGUGAGGGGAAUUGCAAGAGAUUAUGAUAAUUGCCACUAUGC